GGGAGGCGCCGGCCGCCGCGCUCGGGGCUCGGUCUAUGCGGAGCAGCGGUGUCUGCCAUGGGUCGGGGGCUGCUCGGGGGCCUGUGGCCGCUGCACAUCGUCCUGUGGACGCGCAUCGCCAGCACGAUCCCGCCGCACGUUCAGAAGCCGGAUGUGGAAAUGGAGGCCCAGAAAGAUGAAACCAUCUACCCAAGCUGUAAUAGGACCACUCAUCCACAGAGACCUUUUAAUGAUGACAUGAUGGUCACGGACGACAAUGGUGCACUCAAGCUGCGGCAACUGUGUAAAUUUUGUGACGUGAGAUUUUCCACCUGUGACAACCAAAAAUCUUGUAUGAGCAACUGUAGCAUCACGUCCAUCUGUGAGAAACCACACGAAGUCUGUGUGGCUGUAUGGAGAAAGAAUGAUGAGAACAUAACACUAGAGACAGUUUGCCAUGACCCCACCAUCGCCUAUCAUGGGUUUGUCCUGGAUGAUGCUACUUCUUCAAAGUGUAUUAUGAAGGAGAAAAAAACACCUGGCGAGACCUUCUUUAUGUGCUCCUGUAGCACUGAGGAGUGCAAUGACCACAUCAUCUUCUCUGAAGAAUAUAACACCAGCAGCCCUGACUUGUUGUUAGUCAUCAUCCAAGUGACAGGCGUCAGCCUCCUGCCGCCACUGGGUAUCGCCAUAGCUGUGAUCAUCACCUUCUACUGCUACCGCGUUCACCGACAGCAGAAGCUGAGUCCAUCCUGGGAGACCAGCAAGCCAAGGAAGCUCAUGGAGUUCAGUGAGCACUGUGCCAUUAUUCUGGAAGAUGACCGUUCAGACAUCAGCUCUACCUGCGCCAACAAUAUCAACCACAACACGGAGCUGCUGCCCAUUGAGCUGGAUACCCUGGUGGGAAAGGGCCGCUUCGCUGAGGUCUACAAAGCCAAGCUGAAACAGAACACCUCAGAGCAGUUCGAGACCGUGGCAGUCAAGAUCUUCCCCUAUGAGGAGUAUGCCUCCUGGAAGACAGAGAAGGACAUCUUCUCAGACAUCAACCUGAAGCAUGAGAACAUACUCCAGUUCUUGACGGCUGAAGAGCGGAAGACAGAGCUAGGGAAGCAGUAUUGGCUGAUCACCGCCUUCCAUGCCAAGGGCAACCUACAGGAGUACCUCACGAGGCAUGUCAUCAGCUGGGAGGACCUGCGCAAGCUGGGCAGCUCCCUUGCUCGAGGCAUUGCUCACCUGCACAGUGAUCAUACCCCUUGCGGGAGGCCCAAAAUGCCCAUUGUGCACAGGGACCUCAAGAGCUCCAAUAUCCUCGUGAAGAACGACCUGACCUGCUGUCUGUGUGACUUCGGGCUUUCCCUGCACUUGGACCCCACUCUAUCUGUGGAUGACCUGGCCAACAGUGGGCAGGUGGGAACUGCAAGAUACAUGGCCCCGGAAGUCCUUGAAUCCAGGAUGAAUUUGGAGAAUGUUGAGUCCUUCAAGCAGACCGAUGUCUACUCGAUGGCUCUGGUCCUCUGGGAAAUGACAUCUCGCUGUAAUGCGGUGGGAGAAGUGAAAGAUUAUGAGCCUCCCUUUGGUUCCAAGGUGCGGGAGCAUCCCUGUGUGGAAAGCAUGAAGGACAAUGUGUUGCGAGAUCGAGGACGACCAGAAAUUCCCAGCUCCUGGCUCAACCAUCAGGGCAUCCAGAUGGUGUGUGAGACGCUGACGGAGUGCUGGGACCACGACCCUGAGGCCCGUCUCACAGCCCAGUGCGUGGCGGAGCGCUUCAGUGAGCUGGAGCACCUGGACAGACUCUCGGGGAGGAGCUGCUCGGAGGAGAAGAUUCCAGAAGAUGGCUCGCUGAACACUACCAAAUAGUUUUCCCAGGGCAGGCUGGAUCAAGUCCAAAGAGGCCACCCCUUUCGCCAAAGAUCAGAGGUAGCAGGAAGCUGCCCCUGCACUGAUACUUCCUGGAAAACCAAGGGGGUCACCCCCGUCCCCGUAGGCUGUGGGGAUGUGCCGAAUCCGCUGCAGCAGGGAGCAGGUGACAUGAAGUGUUCUGUGCGUUUGAUGUUGUCAUAGGAUAAGCUGUGUUAGCACUGCCUCAGGAAAUGAGAUUGAUUUUUACAAUAGCCAAUAACAUUUGCACUUUAUUAAUGCCUGUAUAUAAAUACGGAAUAGCUAUGUUUUAUAUAUAUAUUAUAUAUAUAUAUGACUAUAUAUACACAGCCAUACUCUGAAAGGAGACAAGGAAAAAAGAUCAAAUAUUCGCAGGAAGUUGGUUUUAUUGGAGGGCUCCCAAAACCGAGCAGAGGAGGAAGUGACCCACGACAGCAUUAGCACUUGACAAUCACACGUGCGAUGGUUCUCUGAUGAUACAAGGGGGGACUUGGCAUUGGGGAGAGUGACUCCUCGUCUCAGAGCCCACCAUUGCCAUGUUGCACUUGCUCUUGCAAAAUUGUAAUUCCCCGCAAGUGGGUUCUCUUCUGGCCGUGAAGUGAGAGACCGUUGCACUGUUUGGGGACCGGCGUUCCUGGGCUUCCUGUGUGCGGCAGUUUCUCAUGGACUUUUCCCUUGAGCUUCAAGCCUCACAUCUGGUGUGUGAAUCAGUCUAGCCAGCCCCCUCAGCCUAGCUCUGAAACUUGGCCCCGUCUCUACAGUUGAAACGUUUUGAGAGCCACUUUUUACCUUCAUAGGCUGUAGAAAAAUCAGAAUAAAUUUCCCAGCCCAUGAAAUUAGAAAGCUGUCUUCUAUUUGCCACACCUUCUACUAAUGCAAGGUCGUUCUUUUUUCUGUUUCCCCCAGGACCUGUAUCACUAGUCUCCAGCCCGUCCCUUCACUCUUCCUUAAUAGGGAACAAAUCCCCUCCCUCCCUCCCUCCCUCCCUCCCUCCCUGGGGUUCAUCACGUUUAAUUUUUCAGCACACUUGCUUUUAGCCUCUAUCUUUCUAUGCAAACACCAGGGGAUUCCAUCUUUCCUGGUCUCCUGAACACUCAAGCACAUUUGAGCCAGGUGGAAAGGAUUUGACUGACGUAAUACCGCCACAUUCAAGACUGUUUCCUGCACUCUGAACAUAUGUUUUGUUUGGCCAGCAUAGCACUUAAAAAAAAAAAAAAAAAAUUGAGCCACUAUUUAAAUAUUUGGAGUUUUUGCAAAAAAAAAAAUUGGAAUCCUGGGUGAGGAAAGCAGAGGGUUUCCAGUUCUUUCCAGUCCCGAUUGUUCAUAAAGCGAAGGUAUGUAUACCUUUAAAAAGUAGCUUCACUUCUCACUGUAAGCAUUUGCCAAGGGCCACCUUCAUCCCAGUCUGGGAAUUAAACCUGACCUAACCAAGAUGCCUUCUAAGAAACGUUGUUCCGAGCAGUCUGUGGCUGCAUAAGAUGAUGUGUGACUCUCUCCAGCUAACCUGACCUGAGUUUAAGACCUGAAGUUGGCCUUUUAUUUGGACUAGAGGAGAUCUCCUCUUUGUGGCCCUGGUUAACCCAAGUCUCUUUUGUUUAUAUGUUAAGAGUUUUUUCCAUCACUCUUUACUCCCAGGAAGCUGUUGUCAUGAUUCUCCAUUCCUCCAUGAUGCAAACCCUCCCCACCUUUGUGGAAUUUGCUAUAGAGGGCGUGAAUGUGGAAGACAAGAGUCCCAUUUACGGUUAGGGAAUCGCUGUCCACGUGCACAAGAAGAAAGAUGAGCUUUAAUACUCCAUAGGAAACUUGUUAACCCAUAAACAGGUGUUAAUGUUACAAGUACCAAUCUCGUUUGUAAAAAUGUUUUUUGAAGCUACUUAUUUUCAGCCAAAUAGGAAUGAGAGAGGGGCUGGCAACGAGCACGUCGGCACAGCUCUUUGGAUUUUUGGAAGGCCUCAUUUCAUGGGGUUUUUUAGAAGACACCCUGAAGUUUGGCAUCCGAUGUGACUUCUACGCACCCUGGUCAGUGGGAGUGGGCUGGGAGAGGUAAGGCACAGGUUGGCUGCACCUGGAAAAUCCAUGUGCAUUUUAGGGCUUGCUGAGGCCGUCCCAAUAGCUGUUGCUCAUAGACCUCUAGUGGUGGAUUUCUAGAAUACUGGUCCAUUACGGGACUCUUCCAAGAUUCCGAAAGAGCUUUAUCACUUUGAGUCGUCAUCAGCGUAAACUGGAAUGUAGUGUCAGAUGAUACUGUGGUCUGUUCUGUUAACGUUGUUGUUGUUUUCUUAUUCAAGAUAAAAGACCAAGGAAUAACAUUCUGUAGUUCCUAAAAAUACUUUUUUUUUUUACUACUACACAUAAAGGGAAAGUUUUAUUCUUUUACGAAACACUUCAUGUAUUAAAAUAGGAAUGUGAAUGCUAUAUACUCUUUUUAUAUCAAAUGUCUCAAGCACUUAUUUUCAUUCUAUACAGUGUUUGUCUUUUAUAUGAAUAAAAUGUUUAUUAGAUUGAAUAAAGCCAAAAUACUCAGGUCAGCUUCCUGCCUCCUGUUCUAUUCAUGGUAGCUAAGCCCAUUUGCCUCAUUUGGUUAUUUUGAAGUUCAUACAGAAAAGGUCACCAGACAAACCCGGUCAAACUUUUCCAUAUUUUAUUUCUUCUUCAACAGAUGGUCUCAGGUCUCUUUUAAACACAGAGAAAAGCAAUCCCUGAAGUGAAAUAAUAUGAGAUGAAGCAGAUGUUAUUAGUGGACAAUUCUUUAUUCCCAUGUCCUGGCAUGGAAUCUCUCUGCAGGACCACGUGGCCUCUCCUGGUCGCCAUCUUAGCCUUUCUCCAUGGUUACAGGAGCUGCCUCCAUCACCAUGGUUGCUUCUUCUAAGAACUGGCGCAGCCAAGGCUGUUGCUAAGAGCUUAUGUUGUUGUUGUUAGCCAUUGUCAAGUUGGCCUCUGACCUCAUGCACAACAGAACAAAAUGCUACCUAAUCCGUCACCUAAUCAGUUACGUGUUGGAUCGUUGUGAUCCAUAGGGCUUUCACUGGCUGAUUUUCAGAAAUAGAUCACCAGGCCUGUCUUUGUAGUCCAUCUUAGUUUAGAAGCACCACAAACCUGUUCAGCAUCAUAGCAACACACAAACCUCCAACAGAGGGAUGGUGGCUGUACAUGAAGUACAUUGUCCAAGGAACCAAACCCAGGUCUCCCAUAUGAAUGGUAAGAAUUCUACCACAGAACCAGCACUGCGCCUUCUACCUGCAUCUGGUAUUUUCUCUAUUCCUCACCCUAGAAGGCUAUCGGCUGUUUUUUUGACUCAUGGCAUGUGUCAUACUUCUUCCCCAUUCUUUUCCAUCCCAGCCACACCAUCCCCUUUGGUGCUUUAAAUCGCCUUAUCUCCGUUGGCAGACGAACGUGCCUUAGGACACUGACUCCGGAACAUGGCUUAAAUGGCUCCUUGUGACAAAGUGUAUUAUGAUAUUUUCUGCCUGAACCUUGAGCUAACUCUUUUGGAAUCUCAGACUUCUGUGGCUUCUUCUUCGUUCUUAACUGAGUUCUGAAUAGUUAAGUGCCUGCAUUAGGGAUUCUCAACAUCAACACUAUUGACACUUUGGGUCAGAUAAUUUUGUGGGAGGCUGCUCUGCGCAUCGCAGGACAUUUAGCAUCAUCCCUUGCCUCUACUCUAGAUACCAAUAGAACCCACCCCACAGCUGUGACAACCAAAAAUGUCUCCAUAACCUACCCGUUACCAUUGAGUGAAUUCCAGCUUAUGGUGACUCUGUAAGAUGGAGUGGAACUGCCCCACAGGAUUUCCAAGGAGUGGCUGGGACAUUCAAACUGCCGACCUUUUGGUUAGCAGCCGAGUUCUUAACCACGGAGCCACCAGGGCUCCAAAAACAUCUCCAGACAUUGCCAAAUGUCCUUUAGGGGACAAAGUUGACCCUGCUUGAAAAUCACUGAGUUGAUGAUGUGGUCCUGUAUUACUGUGGUUGUUAGUUGUGGUUGAAAUUUAACUAGUAGCUUGAUAGUUUUAGCGCUUACUAAUGAUGGUGGUUACCAUUUACCGAUUAUGCGAUCUGGAAAAAUUAUUUAACCUCUUUGUGCCUCAGUUUAUUCCAGGAAUUCAAACCGGUUUGGACACUUACUGAGAAUUUUCAUUUCCACCCCAGAUAUACUGAAUCAGAAUCUGCAUUUUAACAAGAUCCCCAGGUGAUUCUUAGGUAUAAUAAAUCUUGAGAACCCUGGUGGCACAGUGGUUAACAUCUUGGCUGCUAACCAAAAGGUCAACAGUUCGAAUCCACUAGCCACUCCUCUUGGAAACUCUGAGGGUCAGUUCUACUCUGUCCUUUAGGGUCCUAUGAGACCAAAUAGACUUGGCGGCAACAGGUUUGGUUUUUGGUUUUGUCUGUACUAUUGGUUCUCAGAAUUGGUCCUUAACCAGCACUAUUAGCAUUGCCUGGGAACUUGUUAGAAAUGCAAAUUCUCGGUAGGGGUUGGAAACAGAAUGAACUGGUUCAAAACCAAACUAAACCAAACCCACCUGUUGCUGUCAAGUGGAUUCCAACUCUUGGCAACCCUAUAGGAUAGAGUAGAACUGCCCCGCUGGGUUUUCAAGGAGCGCGUGGUGGAUUCAAACUACUGACAUUUUGAUGAGCAGCCAUAGCUCCUAAUCACUAUACCACCAGGGUUUCCGAACUGGUUCAAAGCCCUGGUUUAUUCAUGUGUACAAUGGGAUUUUACAGCCUUGUAUAUAAGACCCUACACAAGAUACCAGAGCCCUGGUGGUGUGGUGGUUACCAUUUACCAGCUAUGAGAUUCUGAAAAAUUAUUUAACUUCUCUGUGCCUCAGUUUAUUCCAGGAAUUCGAACCAGUUUGAACCCUUGCUGAGAAUUUUCAUUGCCACCCCAGAGAUACUGAAUCAGAAUCUACAGAUUAUCAAGAUCUCCAGGUGAUUCUUAUGUAUACUAAAUUUUGAGAACCACUGCUCUACUACUGGAGCCCUGGUGGCAUAAUGGUUAAGAGCCCUGCUGCGAACCAAAAGGUCAGCAGUUUGAAUCCACCAGGCAUUCCUUGGAAACCCUAUGGGUCAGUUCUACUCUGUCUUACAGGGUUGCUAUGAGUCAGAACCAACUCGACAGCACCUAAUGACAACAUACAAGAUACCACUGUGAUAAGGAAUCUAUAGAAGACUCUUGGAGUUAUGUCUUGAACUGGGGAAGCUUUUAAUACAUGUUGGUCAGCGUUAAGUUGGUAUGGUAUUUAGAAGCAGCCCUGGUAGUGCAGUGGUUAAGGACAGCUAACUGAAAAGUCAGUGGUUUGAAACUAGCAGAGACUCUGCGGGAGGGAGAUGUGGCGGUCCGCUUCUGCGGAGAUUUAAUUAUAGCCUUGGAAAUCCUAUAGGAUGGCUAUGAAAGCGGAAUGGACUCAACAGCAGUGGAACACAGUGUUUAGGGUCAAAGACUGCUUUUUCAAAGAGGCAGAUUUUGAAGUAAAUUCUAGAGAGAAUUAACAACAGAGGAGAAUGCCUGGGCAGGACAUGAUUAGGACAGGAACGUGUUUGCCCUGCGUGAGUACUGAUAAUCUGAGAACUCCCAUUCACUGUGGCGUGAGAUUUAAUCCUUCGCCGGCUCCAUGAGGUAGGUGUUAUGUCCACUUUACAGGUGUGGGAUCAGAUGUUCAGAAAUCUCAAGUGAGAAGCCCAGGAUCUCGCAGAAGUAAGAAGUGGAAUCUGGGUGCAAAGCCCUAAGCUGGACUGGAACUGGACUUUGGAAUGACUGAGAUGCUUGGUUCUCUUCCUGGCGCCGUCUAAAGGACUGGGCUGCCCAGCAGGACGAGAGAGCACGCCAUGAAGGGAUGUCCUGCCACUCCCCGGACACAGCAUGAGCCCUGUGCUCAUCUCUCUUCCCUAUCCUGGGGGCAGGAAGAUGCCUUUUCCUCUCUACUGCCCUAACUUCUCCAUUUGGACAUGAGUUAUCUAGACACUUGCCGAGAGAACUUUGAAAGAUGAACGAAUGCGUGUGAACAGCUGCUUCCUAAUGUGGGAAAUGUGUCCAUAGCAUGAUUUCAGAUGUGCCGACCUUUUAAAUACACAUUUCAGUGGG